UUGUUCCAACCGUAAACUAAUAUUUGAAAGCCUUCUCUCCCAGCUUCCCAAACAGAAACUUUUUAAUAUUUCAUAAAUAUAUAAAAGAUGGGUGUAUUAGUUGAUGUGGUUUUGAUUUUGGUAUAUAUAAUAUACACAGCAAAGGCAGGUGAAGUCCAGCAUUUGAAAUGGGAGGUGGAAUACAAGCGGUGGUCUCCAGACGGGAAGGAAAGUGUGGUUAUAGCCAUCAACGGGGAGUUCCCGGGCCCCACAAUACGGGCUCGGGCCGGCGACACCAUUAAUGUUGAGCUCAUCAACAAGCUUCCCACUGAGGGGGUUGUCAUCCACUGGCAUGGGAUCACACAGAGAGGGACACCAUGGGCGGAUGGAACAGCCUCUAUUUCGCAGUGUCCCAUUAAUCCAGGAGAAUCAUUUGUCUACAGAUUCAAUGUCGACAAAGCGGGCACAUUCUUUUACCAUGGGCACUACGGUAUGCAACGGUCUUCGGGGCUCUACGGGAUGUUGAUCGUCGACGUGGCGGACGGAGAGACGGAGAAAUUCAAGUAUGACGGAGAGUUUGAUCUUCUGCUUAGUGAUUGGUGGCAUAGGGCCUCUCGUGAUCAAGAGGUUGAUCUCUCCUCCAAACCCAUGCAAUGGAUUGGAGAGCCACAGAGCUUGUUAAUUAAUGGGAGAGGGCAGUUCAAUUGCUCAUUGGCGGCUAGUUUUAGCAAAUCGGCAGUCCCAUGCGACCUAAAAGGCGGUGAACAAUACGCUCCUUAUAUCCUUCACGCCCUUACCAGGAAGACCUACCGCCUUAGGAUAGCCAGCUCCACCGCAUUGGCUUCACUCAAUUUCGCUAUUGGGAAUCACAAGCUGACGGUGGUGGAAGCCGACGGCAACUAUGUGGAGCCAUUCACCGUGGACAACAUCGAUAUUUACUCCGGCGAGAGCUACUCCGUCCUCUUCACCACUGAUCAAUACUACCACCGAAACUACUGGAUUUCCGUGAGCGUAAGAGGGAGAGAGCCCCAGACUCCGCAGGGCCUAACCAUCCUCAACUACCACACCGAAUCGGCGAGCCGCCUCCCCGUGUCGCCCCCGCCGGUGCCACCGCGCUGGGACGACGACCACUACAGCAAGGCCUUCUCCAACAAGAUCCUCGCCGCCGCCAGAUCCCCCAUGCCGCCGCCCGCCCACGACAGGCGAAUCGUGCUGCUGAACACACAAAACACCAUGGACGGGUUCACAAAGUGGUCCAUCAACAACAUCUCACUAGCCCUCCCCAGCACCCCCUACUUGGGCGCCAUCAAAUACAACCUGGCCGACGCCUACGACCAGACCAGCCCCCCCGACCACUACACCCCCGCUGACUACGACAUCCGGGUCCGACCCCCGAAUCCGAACACGACAUCUGGCAAUGGAAUCUACGUGCUGAGCUUCGGAUCCACCGUUGAUGUGAUCCUGCAAAACGCGAAUACAAAUACGUUUAAUGUGAGCGAGAUCCACCCUUGGCAUUUGCACGGCCAUGAUUUCUGGGUGCUUGGUUAUGGAGAGGGCAAGUUCACGGACAAGGACGAGGCUGGGUUUAACCUGAAGAAUCCGCCGUUGAGGAACACCGCCGUGAUCUUCCCUUAUGGGUGGACGGCGCUGCGGUUCGUGGCGGAUAAUCCUGGCGCGUGGGCGUUUCAUUGCCAUAUUGAGCCGCAUUUGCAUCUGGGAAUGGGGGUUGUGUUUGCAGAAGGUGUUCAUCGUCUCGGCGCCAUUCCUAAUGAGGCCCUUGCCUGUGGAUUGACGGCCAAAUAUCUCAUGAAUAAGUGAGACUGCUGCUACUUUCUUCUUCUUGUUCAAUUUAACUAUAUGUAUUCAUGACUCCAAUCCUUGAUCAUUCUCAUGAGACCUACUCUAUUCUCCAUAAAUAAAGAUUUAACUAUUAAUUAAA